UCUGCACAAGGUUCCAGCACUUCACCCUACAACGUCAAGUGUCUCCUGACAAUGUCUCGCCUGAUGCUUCUCGUGGUGGCGCUGACGGCGGUGCCUCGAGCGACGCCUUUCACUUGCCCCAGCGAAGGCAUCUUCUGUACCAGCUGCACAUCCAUCUCCAUGUGCAGCGGCCCUGGAGCCGAGGGUUUAGAAGUCAGCUGUAAAGACACUCAGCUAUGCGGAGUCUCCGGCACCUUUUCCUCCUGCUACGAGAAGGGCGCUCCCGAAGCCGAGUCCUGCGCAUGUCAGGUCAACGAAGGCUUCCUGGCCGACCCCUACGACCCGCGGAAAUUCGUGAUGUGCUUGCCCGACGGGAGCCAAGUCUCCUCCUCCUGCCCGGGCGAAGGCGAGGUGUUUGACGUCGUCGGGAAUUCGUGCGGCUUGUCGACGACCACAACGACCCCUGAGCCCAUCGUGUGUGGCGAAAUAGGAUACUUCAAGCUGACGUGCACCUCCUACUACGCGUGCCCGGCGCUUGCCGAGCCGGCGCGAGUGUUCGAAUGCAGCGCUGGCGAGCUCUACGACGAAGGCUCUGCAAAAUGCGUGCCGGCAGAGGACCUUCGACCUCGUCCCUUUGUAUGCGGCUGCGACGACGGGGCAUUUCCGGACACGAUCGACUGCAGCCGUUUCCACAUCUGCGCCGCAGGGAGCGCGGUGGGAGAGCCGUUGUCAUGUCCAGAGGGCCACUUGUUCGACAGCGAACGUGGUUUCUGCGUGCAGGGAGAGUGCUUGGUGAACGAGUGUCUGGAGGCUGUUCGGAUUUGAGCUUUCCCAAGGCAUCCCGCUGAUGUGUAUCGAAAGUCUAUUUUAAUUUGAUUUGUUGCCACGGAGGAAGGCAAGGAGUAGAAUAAAUGGAAAUUGCAACGGAUGCAGAAAGUUGAUUGGAUAUUAUCUAGCCUCAGAAAUUAAAAUAAAUUGGGAUACUGACUGAUUACAUACUAAAUGAAGAUAAAUUUGGAAUACUGACCAAAUAAACUUAAUUUACCGGCAUUGAAA